GGCGGCCUUCUCCGGCAAACAAACUCCAAAACCCUAGCUCUCCCCCGCCGGCCGCCGCCGUCUCUCCCGUCCUCGGUCCACUCGCCGGAGUUCGCGCCCUCCUCCACCUCCACCAGCGACCUCCCGAGACCACCUCCGUACCGAUGGCCAUGGCGCAGAGGGCGGCGGGCAGUCUCCUCCGGAGAUCCCUCGGGCUCGCGCCGCCGACAUCCCAGAGGGCCCUGAGCGCCAGCGCCGCUCCGGCGGCGGCGGCGGCGGCGGAGGGCGAGGCGGCCAAGGCGAAGAGGGCGAAGAAGAAGAACCUGUUCGACGUGGUGCAGUUCCUGCCCGACUGGGGCGUCGGAUACAAGGUCGCCAAGACCACCUGGCGCGACGUCUCCUACCAGAUCACCAAGAUCAACCUCUACAAGGAUGGCCGCCACGGGAAGGCGUGGGGAAUUCGACACAAGGCCGGUGUGCAAGUGGCCGAUGCCCCGAUAAAGAUCAGUGGCGUUAACAAACGUGGUUGGAAGUACAUCAAGGCAUCGCAGAAGCCGGUGCAAGAUAGCCCCAAAGUAGAGAAGCCAGCUGCUGCAUAAUUUGGUUACCGACUAGACAUUUAGAAGGAAAGUGUCAAACACCUUGUCUAGCCAGUCUAGAAGUGUUGUGACGAUCGGUUGAUUUGCCACUCUUUCAUAGUUCUCCUGUCUUUUCAAGGGGCUAAACAGACGUUCAGACGGGGUGCUCUUCUUCCGCAUGGGAGUCACCCUUGAAAGGGUUUUGCUGUGACCGUAGAUUUCCAUGUUCCUCCACGCUUCCUGCUGAAGCUAAAGAUGGUGUAGCAUAAGAAAUAAUUGAGUUGUAUUUUUAUUUUGCA